UGUCUAAUAUAUUCGUGGUUAUUUUAAGCGAGUGACAAUACGAUUCUCGCUGUGUGUACCUGUGUGUAUCUCUCCUCUCCGAACUCAACCGUUGGUUGGUUAGAGAUCAAUCAAACCAGGGCAAAGCUUUUAUUUGAGAAUUCUCUGGUUAACCAAUCAAUCGUCGACAAUACGGAGAAGAAGAAGAUGACAGCCGAAGUAGCAAACGGCGUGGCAGAGGCUCUCUCGUACCCCAACGGCAAUCGCAAGCAUCAAAACGCCACCGCCAAGAAAUCGCGGGAGAGCGAGCGUCGGAGGAGGCGACGGAAGCAGAAGAAGAACAACAAGGCCUCUCAGUCUGCGACGGACGCCACCGCCGCUGACCACAGCGACGCCACCUCAGAUGACGGCGACAAUGCUAAGGAGAACGCCGACCCUCAAAAGGCUUUGAAGCAAGUUGAAGUGGAGUAUGUACCAGAAACGGCAGAACUUGAUGGUAAUUUAGAUGAGGAAUUCAGAAAAAUCUUUGAGAAAUUUAAUUUUAAGGAAGUUGCUGGUUCUGAGGGAAAUGAUAAAAAGGAUGAGUCUGUACUCAAUGCAGCCUCGAAUAAGAAGGUGGACUCGGAUUCAGAAGAGGAAGAGCAAGAUGAUCAAAAAAGAGAGGGAGGCAUCUCUAACAAAAAGAAAAAGCUUCAACGUCGGAUGAAGAUUGCUGAACUGAAACAGAUCUGCUCAAGGCCUGACGUAGUGGAGGUGUGGGAUGCAACUUCAGCAGAUCCUAAGUUACUGGUAUUUCUUAAAUCGUAUCGAAAUACUGUACCAGUGCCGAGACAUUGGUGCCAGAAAAGGAAAUUUUUGCAGGGUAAGCGUGGUAUUGAAAAACAGCCAUUUCAACUUCCUGAUUUCAUAGCUGCUACAGGAAUUGAGAAAAUUAGACAGGCUUACAUCGAAAAGGAGGACAGUAAGAAGCUUAAACAGAAGCAACGUGAGAGAAUGCAGCCAAGGAUGGGAAAAAUGGAUAUUGAUUAUCAGGUUCUCCAUGAUGCUUUUUUCAAGUAUCAGACUAAGCCAAAACUGACGUCACACGGUGAUUUAUAUCAUGAAGGAAAAGAGUUUGAGGUGAAGCUAAGGGAGAUGAAGCCAGGAAUGUUAUCGCAGGAACUAAAAGAAGCUCUUGGUAUGCCAGAGGGCGCUCCUCCCCCAUGGCUUAUCAAUAUGCAGAGAUACGGUCCCCCACCUUCUUAUCCACAUUUGAGAAUUCCUGGACUGAAUGCUCCUAUUCCUGCCGGAGCAACCUUUGGUUAUCAUCCUGGAGGCUGGGGUAAACCACCUGUGGAUGAAUUUGGGCGCCCUUUGUAUGGAGAUGUCUUUGGUGUUCAGCAACAAGAACAGCCCAAUUAUGAGGAAGAACCAGUUGAUAAGACCAAGCAUUGGGGUGAUUUGGAGGAGGAGGAAGAGGAAGAGGAGGAAGAAGAGGAAGAGGAAGAACAGAUUGAGGAAGAGGAACUGGAGGCUGGCAUUGAAUCCGUGGAUAGUCUUUCAAGCACACCUACUGGCGUUGAGACUCCAGAUGUUAUUGACCUUCGCAAGCAGCAGAGAAAGGAGCCUGAGAAGCCUCUCUACCAAGUACUUGAAGAAAAAGAAGAAAAGAUUGCUCCAGGGACCUUACUUGGAACAACCCAUACGUAUGUGGUAAGCGGUGGCACUCAAGACAAAACAGCAGCCAAAAGGGUUGAUCUUCUUAAAGGUCAGAAAUCUGACAGAGUUGAUGUCACAUUGCAACCGGAGGAGUUGGAACUUAUGGACAAUGUUUUGCCUGCGAAGUAUGAGGAGGCAAGGGAAGAGGAGAAACUGCGUAGUCAGCGGGAGGACUUCAGUGACAUGGUUGCUGAGAAUGAGAAGAAGAGAAAACGAAAGAUGCAGGAAAAGGACGGCAAAGCAAAGAAAAAGGAUUUCAAGUUUUAGGGCGUUUAUGCAUUUUGUUUGUUAGUGAUAUUUGGAUGCUGGGGUCCUCCAUAAAGUUGUCACUUAAUAUUUAGCAGAAUUGUAUGGAACAAAUUGUAUCAUAGUUUGGUUAAUAUUCCAUGGAUAUAAAUAUAUAUAUCCCUGCUGUGUGAGUUCAUUGAUGUGCUAUCAUCGCUGGCAUUAAUGCUAGUUACUUCCCCUACCAUGGGUACUAGAUCUGCUGUUGGUGUAUUUCCUGUCUGAUAUGUUGAUAAACGCCUAAUGUUUUGUUGUGUUA